GCAGUCAGCUGAUUAACCAGGAGUUUCUCUGAUGGCUUCCCAAAGGAGUCACAACAUGGAUAAUAUGCAUGAAUCACCAGACACUGAAGCUCCUAUCAGGCAAAGACACAGUAAUCCACGUCUACCACCCCUGAUGUCUGAGCUGAGGGUGGUUCUUCUGGGGAACAGAUGUUCUUUAAGGAGCUCAGUGGGGAACACAGUUCUAGGAGAGAACUGUCUUGAUGUUAAUAGAGAACCAGAUCGCUGUCAGAGAGUUAGCACAAUCACUGACAACAAACAGAUCACUCUGAUCAACACUCCAGAUCUUCAGCAUCCAAACCUGUGUGGAGAAAAACUGACUGAGUUUGUAAAAGAUUUAAAGAGCAUCUGUGGUUCUGGACCUCAUGUGUUCCUGCUGGUUCUACAACCUGAGAAUUUCACUAAUGAACAAAAACAGAGACUCCAGUCUAUCCUGCAGAUGUUCGAUUCUCCGGACCAACACACUCUGACACUGAUUUCAACAUCCAGAGAAGAAAGCUCGGAUGUCAGAGAGAAAUAUCUUCAGGAUCCACUAAUAGGAGAGUUUCUCUCUGAAUGUAAAUAUGAAUUCAUUCAGAACGAUGAACUUCAACCUUCCAAGUUGUGGACAACGAUUGACCAGAUUCUGGAAGAGAAUUAUGGACAGUAUUCAGUGGGUUUUCAAGGAAAUAUAGAUUCACAUCUGGAGUCACCCGAUCGCCAUGGAAACCAGAAAAAGGAGAAAGAAGGAACGGGAAUCAUGCAUUUUGUAAAAGGAUUAUGGCCAUUUUCAAGACCUGUUGGUCAACCAGUAGAAACAGCAGCUCCUCAAUUUUCUGUCAGGAUUGUUCUGCUGGGAAAGACUGAAGACAAGAGGUCCAAACUGUCCAACUUUAUUAUUGGAGAUAAAGCUUUUCAUUCACAACCACCGAACAAAAUGUGUGUGACAACAUCUGGAGAAUGGAGAGGAAAAUCUGUCUUAGUUGUUAAAACUCCAGACCUGUUUGAGAUGAGCGAUCAGAUGGUGAGAAGAGAGAUGAGCAGAUGCAGGAGUCUGAGCUUCCCUGGACCAAAUGUUCUGCUGCUGAUAGUGAAACCAUCUGAGUUCACUCAAGAAGAUGCAGAAAAACUGACCUUCAUCCUGAGUUUGUUUGGUCAGAAUAGUUUCAAACACUCCAUGAUUGUCCUCACACACAAAGAAAAACAAACCAAUGUUCUAAAUCAGCUGCUGCAGAAGUGUGGAGGAAGACAAUACAACAUGUUUGAGGAAAAUCAUGGAUUAUUGAUGAAGAACAUUGAGAAGAUGAUGAGUGAAAACAAAGAAUCCUUCCUCACCUUCACUGAAGAGACCAGAGGACCACAGUGUGAACAGAUCAAACCAGAUUUAAACCUGGUUCUGUGUGGGAGGAGAGCAGCAGGGAAGACUUCAGCAGUCAAGAAGAUUCUAGGUCUGUCAGAGCUGCAGUCAGUCAGCUCACAGCAGAGUGUUAGAAACCAGGCAGAGGUUAGUGGACGUUGGGUUUCUGUGGUGGAGCUGCCCGCCUUGUCUGAAAAACCCCAGAAGGAAGUGAUGCAGGAAUCCUUCAGGAGCGUCUCUCUCUGUGACCCUGAGGGCAUCCACGCCUUCAUCCUGGUUCUUCCUGUGGAUCCUCUCACUGAUGAGGACAAGAGAGAACUGCAGAUCAUCCAGAAGACAUUUGGCUCUCAGGUCAAAGACUUCACCAGGAUCCUGUUCACUGUGGACUCAGAUCCCAAAGAUCCAAAUGUUGUUCACUUUGUAGAAAAAGAUAAAGACAUCCAGAAGUUCUGUCAGAGCUUUGGAGGAAGAUACAACAUUCUGAACAUCAGGAACAAACAGCAGAUCUCAGAGCUGCUGGAGAAGAUUCAGGUGGAAAAGAGUUAUUCAGUAGAAACAUUUGUACAGGUACAGAUGGAAAAAAACAUUGAACUGGAAGAGGAAGUGAGGAACCUAACAAAACAGGACUCAUGUGAUGAAGAACAGAGUCCAGACAGUCUGAGGAUUGUUCUGAUCGGGAAGACGGGCAGUGGAAAGAGUUCUUCAGGAAACACCAUCCUGGGAAGAAAAGAGUUUAAAGCAGAUUCAAGUCAAACUUCAGUUACCAGAGUUUGUCAGAAAGCUCAGGGUGAAGUGGACGGUCGUCCAGUUUUUGUGGUCGACACUCCUGGUCUGUUUGACACAAGUCUGUCAAACAAAGAGGUUUAUGAAGAGAUGGUGAAAUGCAUCAGUCUGCUGGCUCCAGGACCGCAUGUCUUCCUGCUGGUGAUCCAGAUCGGACGAUUUACACCAGAAGAAAUGGAAACUCUGAAACUCAUCAAGGAAAGUUUUGGAGAAAAAUCUGAACUGUUCACCAUCAUUCUCUUCACCAGAGGAGAUGAUCUGCAACACAAUGAAAAAACAGUUGAAGAAUAUAUUGAGGAGGGUACAAAUUCACUGCAGAAGCUGAUCAGAGAUUUUGGAGGAAGAUACCAUGUGUUCAAUAACUAUGAUAGAAACAACCAACAACAGGUGAGUGAGCUGAUAACAAAGAUCGACUCAAUGGUGAAGAACAAUGGAGGCAGCUGCUUCAGUAAUGAGAUGCUGGAAGAAGCUGAAGCAGCGAUUAGGAAAGAAAUGGAGAGAAUCCUGAAGGAGAAAGAAGAAGAAAUCAGGAAAGAAAAGGAGGAGCUUAAAAGAAAACAUGAAGAAGAAAUGCAAGAAAUGAAAAGAAAAAUGGAAGCAAAGAUGAAAAAAGUACAACAGGAAAGUGAACUGAAACUUAAAGAAAUGAAUGAAAAUAUUAAGAAAGAGCGCGAACAACAACAGAAAGAUCAAGAAGAAAGAGAAAAGAGGAACAAGGAAAGAGAGGAGGAAGAAGAACGACAAAGAGAAGCUUUAAAAAAGCAAAUAGAAGAGCUAGACAAAAAAAUACAGUCAACAAUAGAAGAAAAGAAAACAGAACUGGAGAAGGAGAGAAAUGAAAAGCAAAGGAGUCAAGAAGCCUGGGAGAAGGAACGCAGAGAAUGGUGGGAAAAACAGAAACGAGAAGAAGAAGAGAGAAAACAGGAAGAGCAAAAACGACUGAAGAGAUUUGAGGAACAGUUAGAGAAGGAAAGAGAAAAGUAUGAACAGAAAAGCAAAGAGAAGAACGAGAUCAGAAAAGAAUUGGAAGAAAAAGAAAAGCAAUGUAAGGCAGAGCUGGAAGAAAAAGAAAAGACAUAUAAGAAAGAACUGGAAGAAAGAGAAAAGAAGAACAAAAAAUUAAAGGAGGAUGAAGAACAACAAAGAGAGGCUUUAAAAAAGCAAAUAGAAGAGUUGGACAAAAAAAUUCAGUCAGCAAAAGAAGAAAAGAAAACAGAACUGGAGAAGGAGAGAAAUGAAAAGCAAAGGAGUCAAGAAGCCUGGGAAAAGAAAUGCAGAGAACAAUGGGAAAAACAGAAACGAGAAGAAGAAGAGAGAAAACAGGAAGAACAAAAACGACGGAAGAGACUUGAGGAACAGUUAGAGAUGGAAAGAGAAAAGUAUGAACAGAAAAGCAAACAGGAGAAUCAGGCCAGAAAUGAGCUGAAAGAAAAAAAAAAGAAAUAUAAGGCAGAGCUGGAAGAAAAAGAAAAGACAUAUAAGAAAGAACUGGAAGAAAGAGAAAAGAAGAACAAGGAAAUACAGGAGGAAGAAGAACGACAAAGAGAGGCUUUAAAAAAGCAAAUAGAAGAGCUAGACAAAAAAUUUCAGUCAGCAAUAGAACAAAAGAAAACAGAACUGGAGAAGGAGAGAAAUGAAAAGCAAAGGAGUCAAGAAGCCUGGGAGAAUGAACAGAGAGAAUGGUGGGAAAAACAGAAACAACAAGAAGAAGAGAGAAAACAAGAAGAACAAAAACGACUGAAGAGAUUUGAGGAACAGUUAGAGAGAGAAAGAGAAAAGUAUAAACAGAAAAGCAAAGAGGAGAUUCAGAUCAGAAAAGAACUGGAAGAAAAAGAAAAGAAAUAUAAGGAAGAAACAGAGAAUCUUCAGAAGAAGUUUGAGGAAGAAGCCAGAAAAAGAGCUGAAGAGAAAAAUGAAUUCAUGACUAAAUAUGCAGCUCAGGAGGAAACACACAAGAGUCAACUGGAGGACAAAGAUGAGAAGUACGACUUAUUAAAGGCACUGAAAGAAACAAUGGAAAGACAAAAAAGGGAAAAAUACCAAGAAGAAAUCAGUAAGUUAGUGAAGUGUGUGUCUCAAAAGAAAGGAAAUCUGACAAAAAUAAAAAAUCUGCUGAUAAAACAGGAAGAAGAAAUGAAAAAUGAUCGAACUCAAGAAAAAGGAAACCUACAGAAAAAACAUGAAGCUGAAAUAAGUGAUCUGAUAGAAAAACUUGUUGAAGAAAAACCUUCUUGUUGUAUUUUAUGAAGUUCCAGUAAUUUUUAUCUCCAUCUUCUAGAGACACCAUUCUACAGACAUAUUAACCUCCUGAAUUUAACAAAUGAAUCUGAUCAGAGACUCUGGAAGGAUGACCGCUGCGUGAAGCUUUAACUUUCAAAAGAAAGUGUUUAGAGAAAUCCAGAAUGAUUAUGAUGAGCAAUCCUUUAAUCCUUCAAUGUUUGGUGAAAUCAAAUUAAAAACACAAAUAGAAGAACUCACAGACGUUUGAUAUAGAAAGUAAGAAGAUUACUGCUCUCAGUGAGAAAACUGAAGAAACAGAAAAGUGUCUGUCACAAAAAUUAAAUGGACAAAAAGCUUCAUUUUGUUCAAAAGCAUCAAGUUUAAACUCCGGAUCAAUGAAAGAAGCUCCAACUCUCAGAGAUCUCUGUCCUUGAAUUAGCUUCAUUAAUACAAAUUGUUAAAAGCUCCAGAGUUUUUUUUUCAAAAGCAUGUUUAAUUGAUUUGAUAUUUUCUUACCUUUUAUAACUCAUUUUAUAAGUUUUAUAUGGAACUUCUUGUUUCUUUUGUUUAUAGAUUCUUUUUGUGGCAUUGAAACUACUCACAUUUGUUUCUUUCAGAAUCGUUUUGAAAUCUCGUGAUUUUUCUAGUAUCACUGACAUGUUUGUGGUUCUGCCUACAGAGAUUAGCAUGUUCUCUGAUGGAGAGACAGAACUCUGCAGAAAACCACAGUCGACAAAAUUCUGGAAUAAGUGUAACAGGGGUCUCAAACUCAAUUCAGCCGGGGGCCGCUGGAGGCAGAGUCUGGGUGAGGCUGGGCCGCAUCAGGAUUUUCACAAGAAAAGCGCUGAUAAAACAUUCCAAU